UCAUCAGUGACCCCAAAGUCACCAUGGCUGCCUUGGGCAUCACAGUUGCCCUGUUGGUGUGGAUGGCCACCCUAAUGCUUAUAUCUAUCUGGAAACAGAUCUACAGCAGCUGGAAACUGCCCCCUGGCCCUUUUCCACUGCCCAUUAUUGGGAAUCUUCUUCAGUUAGAUAUGAAGAAUGUUCCAAAGUCUUUCACCAAGCUAGCAGAGCGGUACGGGCCGGUAUUCACCUUGUACCUGGGCUCCCAGCGCACUGUGGUCCUGCAUGGCUACAAGGCGGUGAAGGAAGCUCUGCUUGACCACAAGAAUGACCUUUCUGGCAGAGGAGAAAUCUUUGCAUUCCAGUUGCACAAAGACAGAGGGAUUACUUUCAACAAUGGACCAGGCUGGAAGGACACCCGGAGACUCUCCCUGACGACGCUCCGGGACUACGGCAUGGGGAAGCGUGGCAACGAGGAGCGGAUCCAGAGGGAGAUCCCCUUCCUGCUGGAGGCGCUCAGGGGCACCCAGGGCCAGCCCUUCGACCCCACCUUUCUGCUGGGCUUUGCCCCCUGCAAUGUCAUCGCUGACAUCCUCUUCCGUAAGCGCUUCGACUACACGGACGAGACGGGCCUGAGGGUACAGAGGCUCUUCGAGGAGAACUUCAGGCUGCUCAGCACGGGCUGGCUCCAACUUUAUAACAUUUUCCCAAGCUAUCUGCACUACCUGCCUGGAAGCCAUUGGAAAAUGUUAAGAAACGUGUCUGAAAUAAAAGAUUACACUUUGGCAAGAGUGAAGGAGCACCAGCGGUCCCUCGACACCGGCUGCCUCCGGGACUUCACGGACUGCCUGCUCCUGGAGCUGCAGAAGGAAAGAUACAGUUCAGAGCCCUGGUUCACCCUGGACAAUAUUGCUGUGACUGUGGCUGACCUGUUCUUUGCGGGCACAGUGACCACCAGCACCACUCUGAGAUAUGGGCUCCUGGUUCUCAUGAAAUAUCCAGAGGUCGAAGAGAAACUCCACGAAGAAAUCGACAGGGUGAUCGGGCCAAGCCGCAUCCCUGCUAUCAAGGACAGGCUGGAGAUGCCCUACAUGGACGCCGUGGUACACGAGAUUCAGAGGUUCAUCGACCUCCUGCCCUCCAACCUGCCCCACGAAGCAAACCGGGACACGGUGUUCAGAGGUUACAUCAUCCCCAAGGGCACGGUUGUAAUUCCAACCCUAGACUCCCUCUUGUUUGACAAGCAAGAAUUCCCUGAUCCAGAGAAGUUUAAGCCAGAGCACUUUCUGAAUGAAAAUGGGAAGUUCAAAUAUAGUGACUAUUUUAAAGCAUUUUCUGCAGGAAAGCGGGUGUGUGUUGGAGAAGGCCUGGCUCGCAUGGAAUUGUUCCUGUUCUUGUCCGCUAUUCUGCAACACUUUAACCUGAAGUCUCUUGUUGACCCCAAGGAUAUUGACCUCAGUCCCAUCGCAAUCGGGUUUGCCAAGAUCCCACCCCAUUACAAACUCUGUCUCAUUCCCCGCUCAGGCUGAAAACCACCCCCACCCCCGC